AAAAAGGGUGUUACCCUCAGUCGUCCAAUGACAGGAGUGAGUACAUCAUGUGGAGCAUGUAAAUUUCUAAGGAGAAAGUGUAGAAAAGAAUGUGUAUUUGCACCUUAUUAUAGUUAUGAUGAGGCAGUUGUCCAUUUUGCAGCAGUUCACAAAGUGUAUGGGGCAAGUAAUGUAUCUAGGCUGCUUCUUCACCUCCCUGAACAAUUUAGGGGUGAAGCUGCUUUAACCCUUUCUUUUGAAGCUACAGCGCGCAUCAGAGAUCCUGUAUAUGGUUGUGUUGCCUAUAUUCAUGCCCUUCAACAACAGGUAGUGAAUUUACAAGACGAGAUAGAAGUUCUUGGCAACCAUAUGGCCAACAGCAUGAGCAUUGAGGUUGUUGCUAGUGAUUGUGGAGAUUCUCAAGCAACUAAUAACAAUAUUUUCAUCCAUGAUUCAAUGCCACCCUUAAUUUCACAAGGAAAUGAAAUGAUGAAUCUACAAGAAUAUUAUUGGAAUAAUAAUAAUAGUAGUAGUAGUAGUAGUAGUAUAAAUAACCAAGUGGAACCAACAAAUGCAGAAAAUGGGUCAUGCAGCCAAAUGAUCAACUUACCAGCAGCAUCCUUUUGUGGAUGUGAAGGACAUAAUCUUUAUGGUAACGCUGCUACUGGGAAUGGACCCCAAGAAUGUCUUUUGGAAGGGUUAUUUAACCCUCUAACUUUUGAUAAUUAUUCUCUUUUUGGUUUGGAUGCAUGAUUACCACAAUACCGAGUAUUAUGGAGUACAUGCAACUCUGUACUUUCUAGUACAGUACUUGCUUGUAGGCAUUGUAUCGUAGUAGUAUAUCUAUGUAUGUAUAAUAAGUGUAUUUGUAGCGUUGUCAGUUGGUAGUGUAUACGUGCAAGUAUAACAAGUGUAUUUUCUUCAUCCUGGUCAUACCCAACUUAUUCCUUAAUUAUUAUUUCCCCCCUCUUGUCUCGUUUAAGGUAUGAAGUCUCUAAAAACGAAGCAUUUCAAUAAAAUUGUACAUGACCUUGCUACCUGUAGGAGACAAUAUGUGAGAUAUAUAAUCGUCAAGGAAAAUGUGGUAGUUGAUUGUCUGUGCGGUAAAUAUGUUCAUGUCAUAUUGUCUAUAAUCUGUAGUGGCGUGUCAAAGCUGGUCGUCGGUCGAUUACGGGUUAGGUACAAUCGAUUCAGGUAUAAUCGA